GGUAGAAGGUGGGUGGGUAAUUCUAUCACAGAUGAGUUGGUCCUCUGGACUUAGCUGCCAGCUCAUGUUCAGGGGACAUUAGUAUCUGAGACCAAGACAUUUUACUACACUCAUGUCUUUGGCAAAGAGCUAAGAUCACCAGGAAUCAUCUGCCACUUCAGACCCUUGCUGCUUUAUGCCAGGUGGCUCCCACUACUGAGAAGAAAUGGUGGAUUUCGCAGUCUUGCCAAGCUUUUCCCAGCAAGUGGCUCUGCCCAGAAAUCUCCUCUUUUUCAUGCAUCUCCUUCUUCUCCUACUGCCUGGGGAGAUGAACUCAGAGGAGGUCAGAGUAGUAGGCCCUGGGGAAUCCAUCCUGGCACUUGUAGGGGAAGAAGUGGAGUUCUCGUGCCACCUGUCACCAUACCUGGACGCUGAGGAUAUGGAGAUCCGCUGGUUCCGGAGCAGGACCUCUGAUGUGGUACACCUGUACCAGGGGCGGCAGGAACUCUACAGCCAGCAGAUGGCGCAGUUCCAAAACAGGACCAAACUGCUCAAAGAUGAUAUCAUGGAUGGUAGUGUGAACCUGCAGCUCCUUAGCAUCAUUCCUGCUGAUGAAGGCCUGUAUGGGUGCCGUUUCCUCUCCAGCAACUUCUCUAGGGAAGCAGUCUGGGAGCUGGAGGUAGCAGGUAUGUGA